AUGACCCUGACAUCGCAGGCACUGAAGAAGGAAUCGGGGAAAUCCAAGGGGGACCCAUUUUCAGUAAAUACCCUAGCAGUAACCAAGGACAGAACAACCAAGGAUAUUAAAGCCAACAGCGUCAAAUGGGAAUGUUUUCCAAAUAAAACGUCUCGCUCGGUCGAGACUCUCUUGAAACUGCAGAAUAUGAGACUGGACCCGCUUUUCGCCUUGUGUCUGGUGUGGCUGGUAAUGCUGCUAGUCUGUACCCCAUCUGUCCUUGCAGAGAGAGAACAUGCCAGAAGAAUGAAGAGACAAAUGGAUAUUCUCGUCUACGCCGGUGGUGAAAAUGCAAAGACGCCGAGUACAGCUGCCUUACUGAACGUGCCGUCAUCCCGCAGACGCCCCCCAGUAAGAAUCUACAAAGCACCGCGACGAACCAGGAGGCGAUGUUGGAGGGAUGGCAGAUAUAUUCCAUGUAAUUAAUUGCCGAGAUACUGACUUGAUUACAUGCAGACGUCAUUUGCUAUGGAAACGGAUUUCUUGUAUUUCAUUAAAAUUUGGCACAAAAAGGAAAGACGAAGAAUUUCAGUCAAAUGAAUCUCAGGAGGAAAACGUGUUGCUGACCAUCCGUGAAAUAAGUUUUAAUGUUGACGACAGUGUCGAGAAAUUCCAUGUAUGCCAUUUUGUAAAUUGAAAUAAAACCGUUUGUUAAUUA